AUGCAGCUCUCACGGGGACUCAUUCUUCUUGCAUCUUGUGGCUUGGGUUUUUUUGGGGCUGCUAGUGCAGCAACGGGGAAAGCCGACAAAUUCCAGCGCUUCUACUCGUCGUCACCCAUUGACUUGGACGAUUCGACUUAUAAUGAUAUGACAUCGAAGCCUCGAGACUACUAUGCCGCAGUUAUACUUACAGCAAUGGAUGCACGUUAUGGAUGCCAGCUUUGUCGAGACCUGCAACCGGAAUGGAACUUGUUGGCGAAGAGCUGGAGCAAGGCAACGCCUGAUACAAGACUGCUUUUUGGUACAUUGGACUUUGACAGGGGCAAGAUGGCUUUUCAACAGUUGAAACUCCAUUCGGCUCCUGUUCUUCUUGUCUUCCCUCCAACGGUUGGGAGGCAUGCCAAACCCGACGGCCCUCCAAGUCAAUACGAAUUUACCUCACCAAUGAUCGCUGAGCAUCUUUACAAGACCAUUAGCCGGCACCUCCACGACGCUCCGGCGCUUCGAAUUUCUCACCCUAUCAACUACGCGCGGAUCAUCGGCAUUACGACGCUGCUGUUAGGCUCAAUAUCUAUCUUUACCGUGGCAUUGCCUUAUUUGUUACCUCUUUUGCAAAGCCGAAAUCUAUGGGCUGCCUUGAGCUUGAUUGCUGUCCUUCUCUUCACGAGUGGACACAUGUUCAACCACAUUCGCAAAGCUCCAUACGUAGCUGGCGACGGUAAGGGCGGUAUCACAUAUUUUGCCGGCGGGUUUUCGAACCAAUUUGGGCUGGAAAGCCAGAUUAUUGCCGCCAUGUUUCGAGAUUUUGGAGCAGACGAAUUUAAGAACAAUGUAGUGGCUUUGGUUGAUGUUGCGAAAUUCUUCAAAGUCCCGUCUAUCCUCACUACGUCCUUUGAUACUGGGCCGAACGGCCCUAUGGUGAAGGAAAUACGAGACGCACUCCCCGACGCCCCCCUUAUUCGUCGUCCAGGGCAAAUUAAUGCCAUGGACAACGAGGAAUUUGUCAAUGCAGUCAAGAAAACAGGCAAAAAGCAAGUGGUUAUUAGGUAUCACCAGCUCCUCCCCGGCCCUUCUCUGGCUGAACAAUUCUGA